UCUGACUCUACUCACCAACAUGACGGUUCAUCUCAGCUUUCUUCUCAUCCUCACUGGACUCACAGGAGUUCACAGCGUAACCACAGUCAGUAAAGUGUCAGUGAAGGCUGGAGAUUCAAUCACCAUCCCAUGUCUCUAUGGCCCACAAUACAUGAACCAUGUGAAAUACUUGUGUAAAGGAUCUCACUUGGGCUUCUGUUCAUAUGCAGUUAAAACAAACCAACCACGUAGUUCAGGAAAGUUUUCAAUCUCUGACGACAAAAACCAGAGAAUCUUCACUGUGACUAUAAAAGAUCUGACGAAUACAGACACUGAUUACUGGUGUGUUGUGGAGAUGAAUGGAGGGGCAGAUGAUGGACAGAAUUUUCACCUGUCAGUCACCACAGAUACACCCAGCCUCUCUGUGGAUCAUCAGGAGAUUACAGGAUUUAUUGGAGAGAGUAUAAACAUCAGUUGUUACUAUAGAAACUCUGGAGAAAGCGAGUGGUGCAGGUUGGGCAUGAACUGUGUGACAGGGUCAUCAGGAUCAAUAGAUGGAACAAGUGUGACCAUCAGUGCGACAGUCCCCAAUGUUUUCACUGUGACUAUGAGUGGACUGAAGACAGAGAGCAGCGGCUGGUAUUACUGUGUUAAAGGAGAAUUACAGAUGCCAGUUCAUGUCACUGUUACUGAGAAACCUACUACCAGCACUCCAAGGACAACAAAGUAUCCAACUAACAUAUCGCUCACUCUUGAACCUGUGCAUCAGUCUUCUGUGUUCGCAAGCAAAGAUCCCUCCACAGUUCAACAGAACAGUCUUUCCAUUCACCUAAAGAGUUUUAUCAUCCGUCUGAGCUUGUUGACCUUCAUUGUUAUUGUGGGCUUGUUCAUCUGGUUUAUGUUCAAAAGAUACAAUGGAACCAAAGCAGAUUCAACCGGAUUCCUUUGUGGUUACUGAAAGUUCAAAAAUAAAAAUCACUCAUAAAAAUAAAAAUCAUUUUAUUUCUCCUCCUUUGAAAAGCCACAACCUCACAACAUCUACCAUUGGACAUACAGUAUAUUAUAGAACUGUCCUGUGAAAAACGAGCCCAUAGGUCGUUUGUGCAGCAGGUUAUAAUGACCCACAGUUAUGCUUUGUUGUUAGGCGACAUCUAGUGGCCAUAAUAAAUAUGACAGGAGCAAAGGGGAAGGUGCAGUGACGUAAUAUAAACACCAACAAAGUAUGCGUCAGGAGGAGGUUUGGUUGCAUGUUGUUAUUAUUGUAACCAUGACAACAAAGAUCGUCUAAUGUUGAGGCAGCACUUAUUUUAACCCAAAUCAUGAUCUUUUCCUAAACCAAACCAAGUGGUUUUAGAGCCUCAACCUAACCAAGCCGUGACCGUUAUUAUAGUAACCACAGCCGGUAAUCGGAUGUUUAGGUUGAGGACUUGUUUUGUAGAAGUGUAAUUUUGAAUCUACUUCAUAACAGUAGACUUCAAUGCUUUAUGAUUUCUA